UAAUUGAAUUGAUAAUAUAUUUGGCUUUUGUGGUGAAGCCUUAUAUUUAUGAUCCUUGAUAAUUUGAUUUCUGAAAUAAAUUGUGACCAAUGCUUUGGGUAACUUUCAUAUAACUCCAUCAAGUGGCCUAUAACUGGGAUGUCCCGUUCAUAUCGGUUAACUGCUGUCCGCAAGAUAAAAGCGCACCAAUCGUCAGAUCACAUAAUGAGACAGAAAAUAUACUCUUAUGGUAUUCUACAAAGUGCUAGGCUAUAUGUCGAUUACCAUUGCAUUAUAAAUAUACAGCAUUGUUAAUAAAAUACCUGACAUUACUAAAAGAACACACAUAAACCAACAUAUAAUCUCACUCAUUUUUAUUGUUGUUGUGUUUCAUCCAUCAACAUAUCUUUAUUUGCCUGUUUUAUAGUGUACUUGAAGUAUAUUUAUUUUAAGUUUUUACUUAGUACAUAUCAAGCAGUACCCUUCAUUUCCCUGCCCCUUUCCUGUGUUUAUUAUUAAGUUACUACCAUACAGAAAGAACAUAUAGUAUAUUUACAACCAAGGAGCAAGGGGAACUGGUUUGGGUUCAAUAUCCUCAAGGUCUCUUACCUAUUAAAAAAUCUGGGCUGUUAAAUAGUCACUCUUCAAUGCGUUUCACCUCUGCAGCAUUUGAAAGUGGAUUCUGAUGAGAGUAGGUGGGAAUAUCUUUUAAAUUUCAGAGAAUCAAGUGGCAGAAACUCCAUUAGUUCCAUUGGAUGGUAUUUAAACUGCUUUCUAUAACUGUGUGUGGAUCUGUCAUGUUAAUCAUUUCUGAAGGGGGGCAAACAUCAAACAUGUUUGCAGUGGGUAGACAAAGAGGUGCAAGUCCAUUUAGGCUAUAUCACAAUUGAGAGUUAGAGAGAACAUUUGAAUCGCAGAUCUUAUUGGUUUUUCCACAUGGAUACUGAUACUUUCCAGAUUUUUUAUAUUUGAGCAAAUCACUCCUCAACGAACAUGGUGCUAAGGUAGUACAGCUGGAUUUAUUUGUUCUGGGUACAGGUUUGGGAACAACGAGACGGCAAUGUGGGACUUCUUCCUUUGCCUGAUACCUUCUCUGAUGUUGGUCCUAUUGACUGUUCUUCUACGAAAUAACUGGAUUCUUUAUCAUGCCGAAAGUGCUCUAAAACUGUUGGGUUGCUGUAUGUGGAUUAUAAGCUGUAGACUUCUAAAACUCCAAUAUCCUGCAAUAUCCGCUUCAGGCAAGGAGCCACAACUGAUUUGCAAACCCACGGCACUUGCCAACCACCUGAAGAAGCACUAUUCUGCUUUGGCCAAGCCUCCACUGGCAAGAUGGCCUCAGUCUGACCCUCACUUUCAGAUAAUCACCAAUCUCAUCUGGCCCAGCACUGAAAGUGUUGAACUGCAAAGAGGAACCCGUUUUACAAGGGAACACCUUCUUCUCCAGGAUGGGGGUAUCGUGGCCCUGGAUUGGGCUGUUGGUCUUAUGAACCCACAAGAUCAGCGCAAGAAAGAGUUUCAUCCUGGAGGAAAAGUUCUAGGCCUCCACACUAGCAAUCGAGCUAUUAUUAUCUUGAUUCCCAAUGCUCUAGGCCGAGUGACACCACAUUUGCUCAAGUUGUGCUAUGAGGCUUUGCAACAGGGUUUCUACCCAGUUGUGUUUAAUCGUCGUGGUCAUGGUGGUUGCCCUCUUACUACUCCCCGUUACCAGGAGUUUGGAGAUCCCUCAGACCUCAUGCAGGCGGUAGUAUAUUUGCGAAGUCACCACCCAUCUUCAACUAUUUUUGCAGUAAGUGAGGGCUCAGGAUCAGGCUUGCUGCUGUCAUAUCUGGGGGAACGUGGUUCAUCAUCCUACCUGAUGGCUGCGGCUUGCAUCUCUCCUGUGUUUCACGGGCAACUGUGGUUCGAGUACAAAAUUCCUUGGCUGUAUCACUGGGUGGCCCUUAUCUACCGCAAGUUUCAAAUAAACAGGUACGCCACUGCAUUGAGCUCUGUGAUGGAUGUUGCUAAAAUUUUAUGCUGCAACUCCCUGCGAGAUAUGGAGGAAUUCAUGUUCUGUAGUGUUAAGAAGCAAGACGACAAAUUGUCAGAAUCCAUGAACCACGUCAAGGACAAUCCAAGGUUAUCAAUGAAGCCUGACUGGAUAGGUUACUGGGAGAGGAACGAACCAUUGCGAGAUGCAGAUGAAGUGGCAGUCCCAGUACUCUGUUUGUGCAGCAAAGAUGAUCCCCUCCUGCCACCUCUUUCCACUUUAUCACAGACACUUUUUCACGAUAGCCCUUACUUCCUGCUGGUCCAGACGGAGCAGGGAGGCCACUGCGGCUUUAUUCAUGAGGAUGAACGUGAAACUACUACUUCCUGGAGCCAUUCUUUAGUGCUAGAAUAUUUUCGUGUGGUGGCCAAUUUCUUUGCAUUGGAGGAGAAGAAGAAAGUGUUCAAGGAUGAUGCGCAGUGCUGGGGCCAUGGCCUCAGGCAUAGUGCCAGUUUUGUGCUGCCUAAAAGAAGGUCAACCUUGCUACGCAAAGAAAGGCCAGUUUUAAUUUCACGUAGACGUCAGACCUCAACUCCAUCUGAUACAUUCACAGUGGAAGAAGAGCGAGAGGAUUUUACUUGGAAUAGGUCCUACACUCGCUGAGUGAGGGGAGCAGGUGGUGUGCUAGAAGCACAGCGGAUUGACUUACUACAGCACAGAGCCUGUGAGGUCGUUAUUAUUUGUAACUGUUAUGUCCCUCCUUAUGUUUCGUUUUGUUAUUUCUUUGUGGAUGCAUGUUCUGUCAAUUCCUGCCAUUUCAUUUAAGCAAAUCGUAACGUGGGUUAAGUGGUUUGUGGAUCUGUCAAUCAUCGUUCUCGAUGUGACGACAGCGCCGAGUUCAUCCAACAGCUGUGGAGGCCAAAGCCUAUACAAGCAUGUGUGCCAACGAAAUCAGGGCGCUCCCCUCAUUUUUGUUUGGUUACACUUGUUUGUUUCCUCUGUUAAACCUCUUUGUAUGGUUUAAACCCUCGACUUGCUUUGUUAGUUAUGUUGGAGGGAGAACGGACAGAUAGGACAUAACGUGGUAUACACCUGCCACACUUCAUCCAUCUGAAGAACACAAGUUUAUAGACAUUUUAAUCUUGUUUUUAUCUUUAGUUAGUUUAGUAUUUUCUUGGUUAAUCCUGGUUUGUUUCAUUUAAUUUCUUUGACACUAGGUCCGUUUUUCUUUUCAAUUAAGUCCAUUCACUAACUUGUUAAUAAACUUCACAUCUUUGCUAAACCUGUGGGUUUUGUUGCAUUUUAACCUUUCAGUGCAUGGGCAGUGAUUUAAACUUUUUAAUGUUAUGCCCAAUUCCCCUGGACAUACUGGGGCGUAACAUAAUGGGGGCUCAUC